AUGGCGCCCAGCAACCAAUUCGAGAAGCUUUCGCCAGAGCUCAUAACCAUGAUUCUCACUGCUUUUGAGUCCGCUGUGGAUUUACAAUCCGUAAUUCAAGCACAUCCCUACAUUUUAUCCGUCUUCCUUCAGAACCAACAGCGUAUCCUCCUACCCUUCCGACAAGCUCUUAAUAAUCUUCUCCCAGGACAGAACCUUACACAAGCAGCCUUGGUGUGUCGCAUACGACAUAUGGAGGGUCGAUUCCAGUGUCAGGACCGGGCCGAAGUUGAGCAGGUGAUUAAGCCAGUCUUGACAUCAUCACCGAGACCACUUUCAGUAUCGAAGCUAAGUCUAGGAGCCCUAUCGGAACUAUAUGGAGUCCUUCGGGAAGCAGAUGAUUUCGCCGUCUCCUACUCGAAAAAGGCUUGGAAGAUGACACAAAAAAUAGUAGUCAGAGACCCUGAGGAAGAGGAACUUCCGGAAGAGGAAGUUCCAAGUCUUCCGAUGAGACUUCCAUUGUCGGAGGCAGAAAGCCAAGAGAUACAAAAGGCGUAUCUGCUAUUCGACACAUACCGAUACAGUCUCUUUUUCAGUACCAACUUGGUGCAAGAUUAUGGCUAUGAGGAUAGUGUACACUCAUUCCAUAUCCCCUGGAAGUUCAUCUAUAACGAGAAGCUUCUAUGCGUCAGGGCAUUUCAAGCAGUCUUUGUCUUCUUAUUUAAAGAAUACGAGGAAAUCUUGAAUCAGAUCCACUACCGAAAUACUGGUCCACCCUCUCUCCCCAGGUUCGCUAACAACGAUGACUGGCAGAUACCGCCAUUCAUAGAUUCACCCCAACGUGAUCGCCUCCAAUUUAUAGCAUAUAUUUGCUCACAAGGGUACCGCCAGCUACAUAGUUUUCGAGAGCGGAGUAGCAUUUCACAAGAUGAGCACAUGCUGUCUUUGUACUGGAAAUACCAGGCGCUAAAGAAAGACCGCAGAAGUUGUCCGAUGGUGGUGGGUGCUGAUCUGGAGUAUUCACUCAAAACAAUUUGUUGUGAUACUGGCCGAGGGCAUGAGUUUUGGACAAGCGGAGCAUAUAUGUGGGAUAUGGAGAGGUUGGAGCAGAUUGGAGGAGAGCUGAUCUGGAUUGCGAAUGAUCUUAGAGGGGACUUUGAUGAUUAA